AUGGGCGAGGAAAGCAAUAUUCGGAAAUGGGACGAAUUAAUACCCGAUGCGCUUGGCCUAAUAUUCAAGAAUCUCUCAUUUGUAGAGGUACUGACUGUAGUGCCAAGAGUUUGCAAGUCGUGGGGAAAAACAGUGGCUGGGCCUUAUUGUUGGCAAGAGAUAGACCUCGAGGAAUGGAGCAAAAACCGUAACCCCGAAAUCAUUGACCGAAUGCUUCGAUUAUUGAUUUCAAGAAGCGGUGGUUCUCCCCGAAAGUUAACUGUUUCGGGUAUCACGAAUGACCAAAGCAUUUUGCUCAUCGCAAAUCACGCUCAAUCUCUUCACACUCUGUGCCUGACGAGGAGCUCUAUAACCGACUCCAUAACCGAAACAAUCUCCAGUAAGCUAUCUGCCCUCUCCUCCUUAGACCUGAGCUACUGCAACAACCUGGGGGCCCCAGCCCUCGAAUCCAUCGGCAAAAGCUGCAAGUCCCUGACCACCUUGAAACGCGUGAUGCACCCGCUCGAGGUCAUCAGCAUGCACUCUCAGGAGGACGAGGCCCGUGCGAUUGCAACCACUAUGCCGAAGCUCGAACAUCUAGAGAUGGCGUACAUGCUCGUGACCACUUCAAGCGUGCUCGAGAUCCUGAGAAACUGCAAGAGGCUGACGCUGCUCGAUAUUCGGGGCUGCUGGAACGUGGACCUUGACGAGAGGGUUGUGAAGAGGUUCGGUGGGAAGCUGAAGGUGCUGGGGCCGGACAUGGUGGGGUGUCACGAGGCGGGAGAGUGGGAGUGGGACGAUUGGUCAGACGAGUCGGGGGGAUACUUGGCGUGGGAUUUUGUGGCAGGGGAUUUGGAUGGGGAUGACGAUUAUUACGCGGAAGAGGUGGCGGCUGCCUUUUGGGAAGAGGAGGGGGAUGGUGCUGAUGCAAAUUCAAAAUUGGUGAAUGGAAAGGGAAUAUAUUUUUAA